CCCCGCGGGGAGGAGCGCGGUGUCUGAUUUUGGGCGGGAAUGGAAACCGCCACGGCCGCUCUCCCGCUGCAGGACUCUGCCGCUCUCAGCCGAGGAAGGGCACCAUGGUGCGCCCUGCCAGAAAUAAAAAACCAGUCAAUUACUCACAGUUUGAGGACUCUGGUGGUGACUCUGAUGACGAUUUUAUUUCUUCAACCAUGCCUAGAAACAAAAAGCCCAAAACUGUGCCAAAGGAGUUAAAGCAGGACAAACCAAAACCUAGCUUGAAGAAUCUCCAAAAGGAAGACAUCCUGCCAGAGAAAGCCCCUAAAAAAAGGGUAGCUUUGGAUGACAAGGUCUUCCAGCGAGGCCUAGAAGUUGCCCUGGCUUUAUCUGUGAAGGAACUCCCAACAGUCACCAACCAGGUGCAGAAGUCUCAAGAGAAAAGCACUGACGAACACAGCAAUAGGAAAGCAGAGCUAGCAGAGAAGUCUCCUCCUGUCUCUAACUGCAGUGGAACCAGUGAAAACUCAGAAGAUUUGGACAAGGUCGUAGAGGAGGGGGACGCCAGCAGUGUUGAAGGGGAGGAAAAAGCAUCAUCUGAAGCCUCAGCUCGGCAGCAGAGGAGGGCACUCUCGGAAGGCAGUGACGACAGCGGUGCUGAUGACGCCGAGCCCAGUGCAGCUGAUGAAGAUUCAGAAAACGAUUCUAAUUUUGAUGAGAGUGAAGAAAGUGAUGAAGAAUUUGCAGUGAGAAAACGUAAAGUUAAAGAAACAAAGAAGAAAGCAGUGCAGAGAAAACCCGCAGUGGGAAAAGAAAAGAAAUCAAAACACAAGUAUGAAGCGUCGGUGACUUCAGCAGAUAAGGCUCCAGCUGCCAUCAAGUCAGGCUCUCCAUCCUUACCUGAGACAGAUGGUCUUUCUUCUGAGGCCAGUAGGAAACCAGCAAAAAUGUGCAGCCCUUCAGCUGAAGGCAAGAGACCCAAGUGGGUCCCGCCAGCCGCCUCCGGAAGCAGAAGCUCCAGCAGCAGCCCUCUGGCAGGAGCACCCGCCAAGUCCCCAAGUCAGAGCCUCCGCCUGGGCCUCUCCCGGCUAGCACCAGUUAAGCGUUUGCACCCAAAUGCCCCAAGUAGCCAAGUACGGUAGCAGGAAAGGACCUGUGGGACCCUCGGUCCUGCAAGCUGGUUCUUGUGUUCAACGUGCACGUGGAGGACUCUUAAUGAGUCACAUGAAGGAUCUCUGUUUUGUGAUUCUGGUCCCAUCAAAGCUUUUCUGUCUUUCAGCAGAGGGUGCUUGGGGGCUCUCCUCGUGCCACUCCUGAAGAAUGGGUUGUAUUUUCUUAUGGUUCAUAAGUCACUGUCACUUGGCUCAGGCACAUCUGUAGUCACAUGAUAUGUCUCCCAGCUCUUCAGAGUGUCUGGCAAGGGGGCAUCUGGUUCCUUCAGGAGGCGUUUCUGAAAUCUUUAGGUUUGUUAUUAGCUUGCUAUUUAUCCAUGUUGUCCUUAGUAAGGAUUCUGCUUUUGUACAUAUUAAAAUGAUAAGUGCAGCAUGUGUUCCCUACGUGGGAACAGAUAGUUAUUGUACAGCAGAUAAAAUUUAAUAAUACUUUAUGAACCCUUCAUUGUCAAAACUUUAAUAAAGUGAAAAUGUUUAAAAAUGUG